CCGACGACUACUACACCCGCUUUCCUCUUUCCUCUCCAUCACCCUUUUCCCCCCUUCUCCCCUCUCUCUCUCUCGUCAAAUCAAACCCUAAGCUUUUCUUCUCCCCUAAUUAUUUCGCCUCGAUCUAAACCGAUCCCUAUUUCCCCUCACCAGUUAAUCUAAAACAAGAAAGGAAUCGCUUCAUUACUCAUCUUUGCCCUAACAAUCCAUCGAUCGGAUCACCGAUUCAAAAACUAGGGUUAGGUUUUCGAUCAAGGAUCGGGAUUAGGGUUUUAUGAGAUGUACAGCAAUUUCAAGGAGCAGGCGAUCGAGUACGUGAAGCAGGCAGUCCAAGAGGACAAUGCCGGAAACUACGUCAAGGCGUUCCCUUUGUACAUGAACGCCCUCGAGUACUUCAAGACCCAUCUCAAGUACGAGAAGAACCCCAAGAUCAAGGAGGCAAUCACUCAAAAGUUCACUGAGUAUCUCCGUCGAGCCGAGGAGAUCCGGGCUGUCCUCGAUGAGGGUGGGCCUGGGCCUGCGUCCAACGGAGAUGCUGCGGUGGCGACGAGGCCCAAGACGAAGCCCAAGGAUGGACAGGGCGGCGACGGGGAGGAUUCGGAGCAGGCUAAGCUUCGGUCUGGGCUCAAUUCGGCGAUUAUUAGGGAGAAGCCUGAUGUGAAGUGGAAUGAUGUGGCUGGGCUUGAGAGCGCCAAGCAAGCGCUGCAGGAGGCUGUUAUCUUGCCCGUUAAAUUUCCACAGUUCUUCACUGGCAAGCGAAGACCAUGGAGAGCAUUUCUAUUAUAUGGUCCACCUGGAACUGGAAAGUCAUAUUUAGCGAAGGCUGUUGCAACAGAGGCAGAGUCAACUUUCUUCAGUAUAUCUUCAUCAUACCUGGUCUCAAAAUGGAUGGGUGAAAGUGAAAAGUUAGUUUCAAAUCUUUUCCAAAUGGCUCGCGAAAAUGCUCCUUCAAUUAUCUUCAUUGAUGAAAUUGAUUCUUUGUGUGGUCAACGAGGAGAAGGCAAUGAAAGUGAAGCAUCUCGAAGGAUUAAGACUGAACUUUUAGUGCAAAUGCAGGGUGUAGGAAACAAUGACCAAAAAGUUCUUGUUCUCGCUGCAACAAAUACACCAUAUGCUCUGGAUCAGGCUAUUCGACGACGUUUUGACAAGCGCAUUUACAUUCCUCUACCUGAUCCUAAAGCUAGACAACAUAUGUUUAAGGUACACUUGGGAGACACACCACACAACCUGACGGAAAGUGAUUUUGAGCUCUUGGCUCGUAAGACAGAGGGGUUUUCUGGUUCAGAUAUCGCUGUUUGUGUCAAGGAUGUUCUAUUUGAACCUGUUCGCAAAAUUCAGGAUGCAAUGUUCUUCAUAAAGACCUCUGGCAAUAUGUGGAUGCCCUGUGGUCCCAAGCAGCCAGGAGCUGUUCAGACCACUAUGCAGGAACUUGCUGCAAAGGGCUUUGCUUCUCAGCUUUUGCCACCGCCAAUUUCAAGGACAGACUUUGACAAGGUGCUGGCAAGGCAGAGACCAACUGUCAGCAAAGCCGAUCUUGAUGUGCAUGAGAGAUUUACCAAGGAGUUUGGAGAGGAGGGAUAAUAUGUGUACGGAAAAUGAAAUUAUUGCAACUGUAUAUUGUAUUUCUGUACUGGUCCGAAUUGAUUUGUGAAGAAGCCUCCCUGCAACUGGAACAUUACUGCCAACUUUGUGCUGGGAUUUGGUGAUUCAUAUGUUAAGGCCUUAGCUUAUAUUUUGUUGAAAUCUCCUCACUUAACAGUGGUAAAUGGAACCAUUUUAUUGAACGUGUUGCAUGUAUACAGCUCUCCUGUAUAUAAUUGAGCA